GACUUGUUUGGAUCGACGCCGCAACCAGCGUACCGACCGACGGCGGUGUGAGUUUUUCCGCGCUGUUGCGCGCGGACAAUCCCCGGCCAGAGGACACGUAUGUGUGGGGACACUUACUUGAUUGUGUGGGUGUGUGGGUGGGGCGCUGUCGGUCGACAUGUGCUCGACUGUGUCUGUAUAUCCAUCUGCGUAUCUGUCUGUCUGUACAUGUGGGCAGAGAGAGAUACGUACAGACAUCGAUCAUACCGUGCCUGGAUCGGGCCUUCGAGCACCGGUCUCUCUCUCUCUCUCUCUCGUGUGUGUGCGUGAGGGAGCUUGCAAUGAGGAAAGCUUGUGUCAUGCAUGUCAGUCAGUCAGUCAUGCAUGCAUGUGUGUGUGUGUAGGUGCCUACCUACCUAUCCAUUUGUACAUCCAUCCAUCCAUGCACCGAUCGAUCGAUCGAUCUUGCUUGAAUGAAUGAAUGAGUGAAUGCCAUGGCUUGCUGCCUUCGAUCAUUCCUUCCUUCGUGUGCCGUCCUUCCGCCCUGUGCACCUAGGCCUGCGUUUUGUGCCUCCACAUCUAACUCACUCCAAGUGCUGGUCGGCCGGUGUGUCGGUCAGUUGAUGUCCCCCCACCUCUCUGCCAUAGCUAGCUCGACACCUCCCCUCAUCCCUGACUCACUCACUCAUCUGAAUGAGGUGAGUGGAUUGCGUGCGUCUGUGGAUUCCAGUACACAGACUGCCUGCCUGCCUGUCGGCUCAGCGUCACUCUGAGGACACUGGCUGUCUCUCUGGGUAUGACGUCUCUCUCUGUCUCGAGUGAACUGGUCAAUUCAUUCACCUCACCGAUCGGGUGGCCAUGGCCGCAGCGCAUUCAGCGAGACUAGGCAUACACACACCCCAACCAACACACGCAAGCCGUCUCACAGCCCACCUUCCCCCUGCAACACACAUAACCCAAACAGCACAAGCACAGCUAGAUGGACACACCUUCACAGUCCAGCCGCCCUUGGCCGUCAGCACAGACAGACAGACAGACAGACGCAGUGACCAGUAACCGACCCACUCACGGCCAACGACCAACGGAGUGUAAGUAGUGCCCGACUGCCAAAAGCUGAGCUAGCACCAAGGACCAAAAGCGCAGAAAAGCGCCGAAAGAGAGAGGGGGGAGGGGUGAGGUGAGAUCAUGUGCACCAAAUGCAUCAACCAAUCGGUCAGUCGCCCAGCCAGUCAGGACAGCAAAAAAAGCCCCAGAGCCAAAUGAACCACCCCCAAGAGGAGGGCAAAUGAGGGCCUCACACCAGCGGCAGCCCCCCGCUUUGCCGGCCUUUGUGCCACCUUUUGCCGUUCUUCCAGAUAUUUCGGCAGCUCCUUCAUCUCGACAGCUAAUUUCUCUUGCACUGCGGGAUCGACCAGCUGCUCGACAAUCUCAUAGACGACGUAGAACCACCAGAAGUCGUUUUUGACGUCCGGCAGCUGCUCAAGCUGGUUCAGGGUGCCUGAUUGGGUCAUAAUCAAUCGGUGCAUGCAGCGAGUACAGAAAUGUUCCGUUCACAUGAGGGGGGGGGGACCUACCGACGAGGUGGUAGCCGCCGACCUGGCGGCCGUCGGAUGUUUUGACGGGCGGCCACCAGUAGGCGAAGCUGCUGCCGAAGCCCUUUAUGAGACAAACAAACAAGAUGAACGACAAUACACACACAGGGAUAAGAUCUAAUCAGGGCGCCCCUCACCUCGUGGCCGAGGAUCUCGCCCAUGUCCUCGUCGUCGAACUUGACUGCGAAGAUACCAGACGAGUACACGUUGUCCCACUGCCCCUGACAAACACCAAAGCGCAACACACACACACACACACACACCGAAAUGCAUUUUAUGUAGCCGUACAAGCCAAGGCAACGCAGUCAAUGCAACUCGACACCUACUUCUUUGACGUCGUAAUCCACGUGCAUAUGAAAGGCAUCCGGGCCAAAGAAACGCUGGACGGUUUCGUUGUUCUUGUAGAGGCCGCCCGGUCCUGGGCUCUCGAAGAUGCCCCGCAGCACCUUGACGAGGUCCUCAGUGGUGGACACGAGCCCGCCGCCGCCCCAUUCGGCGGUCUGCCGCUUGUGCGUGGACAUGUCGAUCUGCUCAUUGCCAUGGAUGGCCGGCUUGCUCCAGUAACGAUUCAAUAUCGGCAGAGAGCUCCUGCGGCCACACACACACACACACACAGAGAGAGAGAGAGAGAGAGAUGGCGGCUUGCACAUGUGUGUGAUGUGAUGUGCUGUCUCUGUCUGUGCCCAUAUGUGCAGCUGGCAUACCCACCGUGGUUUCUCUCUAUAGCGCAGCCAUGUGCUGGUCAUGUUGAGGGGCUCGUACAGCCGCACCUUGUAAACGUCAGCCAGCGGCUUUCCCUCCAGCUCCUCCAACAGGAAGCCCAGAAGGACGUAGUUGGUGUCGGAGUAGUACACGGCAUACUGGUCGUACUUCGCGAAGUAAGGCUCGUCCUCACCGGUGUGUGGCACGUAGUGGGCCUCCAUCUUGGCGACGAACGGGAUGACCUCUUCUGGCUCCCACCGGCGAUUGAUGUCGGCGAGGAAGGUCUUGUUGAAGUCGGGCGACUGCCAAUGACAUACAGAUCACUGACUGCCAGUGGUGUAUCUAUGUGUGUAGGGACCUCACAUUCCAGUAGUCCGGGAGUCCCGACUUGUGGUUGAGGAGCAUCUCGACAGUGAUCUGGUCGGUGUAGUUCGUGCCGUUUAUCUGAUGUAGAUUGGGGGGCACCCUUGUCUCAUUCGGCACCAAAUCCAUUAUCUUGUCUACAGACGGGCAGACAGACAGACAGACAGGCAAUUGAGACGGUGGUUCGAUUUGUCCACCCACGUGUGUACCUGAUAGGUUGAUCUUGCCCUCGUCGACAUACGUGAAAACCGUCGCCGCCUGAAGCAGACAGACAGACAGACAGGCAUUAUGAAUUCUCUCUCAUACCCCGUAUUACCCACCGUGAGCAUCUUUGAGAUACUGGCGAUCUCAUAAGGAUGCUUUCGGGUGACCGGAGGCGGGUUCGCGUUGCGACCCGGAGGGCCGCCAUCAUACGCCCCCUCCCACACCAAAGUGCCGUCGCCCUUCGCGAUGCGCAUCAGGCCCGCACCCCAACCAAGGUUCCUGUCAGUGGCCCUCCCGAGAAUGCGCUCGAAUCGCUCGUAUGCAGGGGUAUUGGGGUCGAAUUCGAAGCUGUCUGUGUCGGUGAGGUACGGAUCGUACACUUGGAGGCCACGCAUGAGGAGACACGACGAGUCGCCCUCCUUGCAGGGCUCCUGGGGGGACUGCUGCUGGCCAACGGCGCCGUGUGUGAGGAACAACAGGGCGAGCAGCACCAUGGUCAACCGAAAGCGCCGCCAUAAAUGAAUCCCGCUUGCUGGCCGUUGGAUGGUGAGAUGGAUGGACGGGAAGGACGGUGAGCGAGAGCCCCAACGCGAGAAGGGGCUGGACCCUGUAUAAUAAUUGACCCUGUGCGUUGGGCUGGAGCGGUGGGGUGUUAUGAUGGAAGUGGGGGGGAGGGGGAGGAAUGGAUGAAGCACGAGUGGCGGAAACGUUGGACGAGAGGAG